CCAAAUUACGCAGGAAACGACACCGGCCGAUCCGCUGAUAACGCCGGCGGAUCUUCACAAAUUAAUUGGCUCGAAUCCCUUGGACCAAUAAGAAGUUGACAAGUGGCAAGAGACAUGCAAUUCAACCAGGUAACCAGAGUUUCAAGUCCCAUGACGGCUUCAACCGUAAGGCCUCUAACAAACCCUCUAUCGCGCCACGUCACAUCCAAACCGUUUCCGUCCUGGUCCGAACACAGACUGAAAGCAAGCAUAACAAUUCACAUUCCUUACCCGAAACGCCGUCGUUAUGCCCCCAUUAUGGCUUCUCUUCACGGAGAUGACGACGACAAUAACAACAGACCAGCUUUAUCUUCAACUUUAAGCCGGUUUCCUGAUGGGUCCGGCCUCCGGGUUGCGUACAAGGGAGUUCAUGGUGCGAACAGUGAGUCCGCUGUGAAGAAGGCGUACCCAAAAUGCGAAGCACUGUCUUGCAAGACAUUCGAGGAUGCUUUUGAAGCCGUCCAAAUGGGUGAUGCGAAAAUAGCAGUUUUACCGAUUGAGAAUUCUUCAUGUGGGAGCAUCCACAGUAAUUAUGACCUUUUACUCCGCGACGAUUUGCAUAUAGUAGGUGAAGUUAAAGUUGCAAUUCAUCAUUGCUUGCUGGCCAAUCAUGGUGUUAAACUUGAAGACCUGAAAAGGGUUCUUAGCCAUCCCCAGGCUCUUGCUCAGUGUGAGUACGCAUUAACAAGAUUUGGAUUGGUCAGAGAAGAAGUUUACGACACUGCUGCAGCUGCAGAGCAUAUUAAAUCCCACAAACUAAAAGAUACAGGAGCAGUGGUUAGAUCUGACGUCGCCGCAAAUAUCUAUGGGUUGAAUAUACUUGCAGAAGAUAUUCAGGAUGAUUGUGAUAAUAUUGUUACUCGAUUCCUAAUGCUCGCCAGAGAACCCAUUAUUCCACGCACAAAUAAGCCAUUCAAGACAAGUAUAGUUUUCUCACUAGAGGAGGGUCCAGGAGUUCUUUCCAAGGCACUUGAUGUUUUCGCUCAGCGGAAAAUCAACCUUACUAAGAUUGAAAGUCGUCCUGUACAGAAGAAGCUUUUGAGAGCUCUUCGAAUUGAAAAAUACUUUAACUAUCUUUUCUUUGUGGACUUGGAAGCGUCAAUGGCAGACCAGAAGGCAAAGCUUGCCCUAAAGGAUCUAGAAGAGUUUGGUUCAUUCUUGCGAGUGCUAGGGAGUUAUCCUGUGGAUAUGAAUGAACUUUAAAUGUGGUAAUUAAGAAUCCAAUUUAUCAAAAUAUAAGCGGUGAUAUUCAAUAUUGUUUCAUGCACGUGUUGAUGCAAGAUAAGA